CCCAAUGGCUGGAGGACAGCCCUCCAUCCCCCGUGCCUCCCCAGACACAAGGGCAAUACGUCGCAGAAAUGGAAUAUCAGCAAAAACUCACCAAGUUUUUGGCCCAAUACUAUAUGAACGGAAACCAGCACUGGAAACCACAUGGGAAACCAUUGCUUAACAAGCAGCACUCACAGUAUCACUGGGGUCGCCUGAAUAGAGAACCCAGCACGCUUCUGUUUCCACAGAUCAGCGUGCUGAAGGGCAGCAGCUAUAGAGAGGCAAUGGAUAGCCGGCCACCACUGGUCAUCAAUGUGGAUAGCCCUGGACCAGCUGCCUACUCACCCCCAACCAUGAGCUGCAGGGAGAGCAGUGCUCCAGCCUACACCUUUGGGAGGAAGACACCCCCUAGAGAGGGUGGAGGCUGCAGAUCCUGGCAGAAGUCCUGGUUCCAGAGCAAAAGCCCCUUUACCAGGAAGGCGGAUUUUAACACUGAGAGCAAUUGGCCGUCUCCAUUCCAUUACACUCAGCCCUCGACCCUGGGCCCCCGGCAGGCCAGCAGACCAGGGUACCCGAGCUACAGCAUUGGGAGAAAGGGGAAAUUCAGCCUGGUCAGUAAAGAUGCUCAAAUUAAUCCAGCACCAAAUAAAUAUGACACAACACCAGCUUAUUUCCAGGUGCUGCAGACCUCACCUUCUUACUCUAUAAGAAACCGGCCACAGGGGACUCAUCAAUGGGACAGUUCAGGGAACAUGCCAGGACCAGGAUUAUAUGACCAUGAGAAGGGGCACAUAGCUUGUUUGCCCAGCUCCCCAAGCGUCAUCAUCCAGGGCAUCAGAAGACCUAAGAGACACGAAACCGGGCCCUUCACAACUCUCUGAACAGGAGCUGCAAAGACCAAGUAACUUUGCUCAAUUUCCAUCUGCUUGACAGCAGCCAAUGUAGUGUGUUCAUCUAAAGAGGCUCAAAGUUAACACAGCCUAAGAUUCAUUAUGCCGUAUACUCUAUUACUAAGUUACCUCCCUACACUACAAGCCCAGUACACCUAUAAAGCUUGGAGCUGUACUGUAAUAAUGGGUAGCUUUCGCUGUUAGAAAUUGAGGAUGCUGCCAUUCACCAUACAUUUACUAGUAAUAAACCCUUGAAAAUUGAAGAUUUGAAUUGGACUAGGUGCCUAUUAAACACUAAGACUGAGGGUGCCUGCCUUCACUGCCACUCAGGUUGAGGAGUU